CAUACUGUCAGUUUUCAGCACAAGAAUCUCUUCAUACAUACAAAUAAAACAUACGAAUACUGAAGAGAAACUUUUUUUUAAAAAAAUUUUUACCCAUGGAUAAGUUUAUGUUUUCAUUUUUACAAACUGAUAAUAGUAAUAAUAGGAGAAUUGAAAAUAAUUCGAGGUAGACAACAACAACAACAACAAGAACAAAAACAACAACAGGAGUAACAAUCGUUCAUUGAGGCAGGGAACCAAGUCAAUCUGAAUUGAAGUUCACAAGAGAAAUUUCUUGAAUUAAUUACAUAUUUGUGCGUAUUGCAUGAAAAUGAAAGAAGAAAAAAAUUAUCAAACAAAAACAACUUUUUUUGAUUAAUCAGUGUAGUUUUAUCUUCUCUUUCUAAAAUGAUAUGAAUGAUCCAAAAUGUCAAUUUAUGGAUGAAGCCGAAUGAAAAAGAAAACUCAUCCGUACUUUAUUAGUUGAAUAAUAAUAAAUCAUUGUGAAGAUGAUCUUAGCCCCCCCCUCAACAACCACAGUAGUAAUAUUAAUAGAGAGGGAGGGAGAGAGAUAAAAUUGAUUUUACUCAAAGCAACAAUAAUACAAUUGUGUAUUAGUAAACAUACAAAUGAAUGUUGAAUACACAAAAUAAUGGAAUUGGAUAAAAUUCGAAUGAAUAAAAACUUUAUACACAGAAAAAGGUACCAAGAUGUAUAUCGUCAUAAACACACAACCGGGUAUUGUUCUUCUUCUAUUCCCUCUUACUUGUAUUUGAACAGCUUACAAAUUAUAUGGAUGGGGGAAGAAGAGAAGUGUAUGUAGAACGAUUUAUAGGAGGGGGGUUAACUGAUGAUGAUGACGACGAUGAUAAUAAUAAUAAUAAUAAUAAUAAUAAUAAUAAUAAUAAUAAUAAUAAUAAUAAUAAUAAUAAUAUUUGGCUUAAACGUAUUCCAAAAAAAGUACAAAAUCAAACUGAAUGUGAUUCUUAA